AUGGCGGUAGCGGAGGUUAAGGUAGGGAAAGACACCCCGGUGCUCGACGCCGCGGGAAAGGCAGGGUUCUUCUUGUGGAGAUCGACGUACGUCGUCAAACAGGCAAGCGUUUCCAAGAGGGCGUUUUCCUCGACAAGCCUGGCUUCGUGGCAUGUGUGCUGGAGCUUUCAUUGGUGUUGUGUGCACUUGUUCCAAGAGUUUUCUGACCUCCCAGGGGAGUUGACGGGAUGCCUAUAAAUAAUAUAUACACGAAGGAUGGAAAGCCACAGGGGUUGCGGGUAUUCUAGGAUUGUUGAAGAUGCCAACGCCAUGGAAGAGUGAAUGGAUUUGUCAGAGACGAUGCGACACGGUCUGGUUGAGUGAUGUAGAUAUAGCGGAGUCUCUUCGCUACACAGCCAUCAGGUCCAUCCUUGGAGUAUUCCGCAGAAGGCCACUUGGUUUGGUGCUGGGCUAGCGUCGAGCACGCUGCCGGAGAUGACUCGCGCUGUUGACAACGGCUGGCAGUCCGUCAGAUAUCAACGUAGAAGAUCAGAUCACUCAGCUGUGCGUGAAGGCGGCGCAGUGGUCGUUCCGGUAUAUUGCCAGCCGAAUAAUACCGGGGAAAUCCUCUGGCACACAUGGAACACAUAACUUAUUUCAUACU